AUGGUCAUUGAAAGCAUCACACUUGAUGCUGCCAUCUCAGAAAUCAACCUGGACCUGAAUCCAGUUGUGUUAAAGAGUCACUGGUCUGAAAAUUGCCCCAUUGAUUUUAAAGUCCAGCAGGUGUCUGUUGCAGAGAGAGUAAUGAUGGAGGAAGAGGAGAAGGACCUGUCACAGCAGGCAGCUUCAUCAGCAGUGUCUCUGCUGGAACUGCACCAAAUGCCUUCAUUCACCAUCCCAACACUGAGAGGGACGUUAGAGACACAGGGGCACCUUCAGCUCCCCGCACGAGAGCCCCUGGAGCUGAGAAACUCAAAGAUGGAGGCAUGCGUUCACGAGCAGCUGCUGAACAUGCUGGAUGAUUUGGGAGAUGAGGAGCUGGAACGUUUUCACUUUUACUUGCAGAAUGGACCCGGAGGCGAUUUCACAACCAUCAAAAAGAGCCGUCUGGAGAAAGCAAGCAGAACGAGAACAGUGGAUGUCAUGGUGGAGACAUAUACUACUGGCCAUGUAAUGGAGGUGACGAGGUCGAUUUUAAAGAAAAUUAAAAAAGGAAGUCCUUCAGCCCAGGCAGCUUCCUCACUUUCAUCAGAAGAGGCUCUACAAAUGUGUCACCUUAAACUCAAGUUUAACCUGAAAGAAAAAUUCCAGCGUGUGUUUGAGGGGAUCGCUAAAGCAGGAAAAACGACUCUUCUGAAUCAGAUCUACACAGAGCUCUACAUCACAGAGGGAUGGACUGCAGAGGUCAAUAAAGAACAUGAGGUCAGAAUGAUUGAAACUAUAUCUGGCAAACCAGACAGACCAGAAACAACAAUCAGGCAAGAAGACAUCUUUAAAGCCUCACCUGAAAGAAAUAAACCAAUCAGAACAGUGCUGACAAAGGGAGUGGCUGGCAUUGGGAAAACAUUGCUGACCCAGAAGUUCAGUCUUGACUGGGCUGAAGAAAAAGCCAACCAGGACAUCAAGUUCAUAUUUCCAUUCACUUUCAGAGAGCUGAAUGUGCUAAAAGAGGAAAGGUUCAGCUUGGUGGAGCUUGUUCAUCACUUCUUUACUGAAACCGAAGAAGCAGGAAUCUGCAGCUUUCAAGACUUCCAGGUUGUGUUCAUCUUUGAUGGUCUGGAUGAGUGUCGACUUCCUCUGAACUUCCACAAAACUAAAAUGCUAUCUGACCCUAGAAAGUCCACCUCAGUGAACGUGCUGCUGGUAAACCUUAUCAGGGGGUACCUGCUUCCCUCUGCUCGCCUGUGGAUAACCACACGACCUGCAGCAGCCGAUCAGAUCCCUCCACAGUGUGUCAACAUAGUGACAGAGGUCAGAGGGUUCACUGACCCACAGAAGGAGGAGUACUUCAGGAAGAGAUUCAGAGAUGAGGAGCAGGCCAGCAGGAUCAUCUCCCACAUUAAGACAUCACGAAGCCUCCACAUCAUGUGUCACAUCCCAGUCUUCUGCUGGAUCACUGCUACAGUUCUGGAGGAUGUGCUGCAAACCAGAGAGAAAGGAACACUGCCCAAGACCCUGACUGAGAUGUACAUCCACUUCCUCGUGGUUCAGGCCAAAGUGAAGAAGGUCAAAUAUGAUGGAGGAACUGAGACAGAUCCACACUGGAGUCCAGAGAGCAGGAAGAUGAUUGAGUCUCUGGGAAAAGUGGCUUUUGAUCAGCUGCAGAAAGGAAACCUGAUCUUCUAUGAAUCAGACCUGACAGAGUGUGGCAUCGAUAUCAGAGCAGCCUCAGUGUACUCAGGAGUGUUCACACAGAUCUUUAAAGAGGAGCGAGGACUGUACCAGGACAAGGUGUUCUGCUUUGUUCAUCUGAGUGUUCAGGAGUUUCUGGCUGCUCUUCAUCUCCAUGGGACCUUCAUAAACUCUGGAGUCAAUCUGCUAGAGAAACAACAAACGACAUCAUUAUUCUCCAAAUUAUUUAAGAAACCAAAGCUAAAGUUUCUCCACCAGAGUGCUGUGGACAAGGCCUUACAGAGUCCAAAUGGACACCUAGACCUGGUCCUCCGCUUCCUCCUGGGUCUUUCACUGCAGACCAACCAGUCUUUCCUAAGAGGCCUGCUGACACAGACAGGAAGUAGCUCACAGACAAAUCAGGAAACAGUCCAGUACAUCAAGGAGAAAUUCAGUGAGAAUCUGUCUGCAGAAAAAAGCAUCAAUUUGUUCCACUGUCUGAAUGAACUGAAUGAUCGUUCGCUAGUGGAGGAGAUCCAACAGUCUCUGAGUUCAGGGCGUCUCUCCACAGAUAAACUGUCCUCUGCUCAGUGGUCAGCUCUGGUCUUCAUCUUACUGUCAUCAGAAAAAGAUCUGGAUGUGUUUGACCUGAAGAAAUUUUCAGCUUCAGAGGAGGCUCUUCUGAGGCUGCUGCCAGUGAUCAAAGCCUCCAACAAAGCUCUACUGACUUGCUGUUUUCUCUCAGAGAAAAGCUGUGAAGCUUUGUCCUUAGUUCUCAGCUCCCCUCUCUGUAGUCUGAGAGAGCUCGACCUGAGUGACAAUGACGUUCAAGAUUCAGGACUGAAGCUUCUGUCUGGUGUAUUACAGAGUCCACACUGCACCCUGGAAACUCUGAGUCUGUCAGGCUGUCUGAUCACAGAGGAAGGCUGCACUUCUUUGGCCUCAGCUCUGAGCUUCAACCCUUCCCAUCUGAGAGAACUGGACUUGAGCUACAAUCAUCCAGGAGCUUCAGGAAUUAAGCUGCUGUCUACAGGACUGGAGGAUCCACACUGGAGACUGGACACACUCAGGGUGGAGCCUGCUGGAGUCCGAUGGUUGACACCAGGUCUGAGGAAGUAUUCC